AUGAGAUUGAGGAGCAUAAAUGGACUGCGGUGCAAGCAGCUUAAACUCGUCCUUCUUGCUUUCUUCGUGAUGUUUAUUCUCUGGAAAUGGGAGGAAGGAACAUACUACAAUACUAAAGAUAUUCAUCCAGAUUCAUUGGUUGUGUCCCAUCCAGCUAACUCAAAGUUUGUAGAUCAGCAUACAUCCUCAGAUGAAGACUUCCCAAGUGUAGAUUCGUUGCCACCGCCAGUAGUUAAAGUACAAAAACAAGUUACCGGCGCACCACCACCACUGCCCAUUGUCGGUGUUCCUGCUAAUGUGGGAGGUGAACAGGGGGCAUCAUCUUCUGAGCCGAAAGAAUGUAACCACAGAAAUGGAAGAUGGGUUCCUGACAAGCGCAGACCACUCUACUCUGGUUUUGGCUGUAAACAGUGGCUUUCUGAGAGCUGGUCCUGCAGAUUGACUCAGCGCACUGAUUUUGAUUACGAACAAUUUAGAUGGCAACCUGAAGCUUGUGAUAUGCCAGAGUUUGAGGCCUCUCAGUUCUUGAUGAGAAUGCAGGGCAAAACCAUUGCUUAUGUGGGCGAUUCUUUAGGGAGGCAGAUGUUUCAGUCCAUGAUGUGUAUGGCUACUGCUGGAGAAGAGCGGGCAGACGUGGAAGAUGUCGGUGCGGAGUACGGGUUUGUCUUAGCACCAGGCGCAAAAAGACCAGAUGGCUGGGCUUACCGGUUCCCGAGCACCAACACGACCAUUCUAUACCAUUGGUCGUCGACGCUAUGUGAUCUGGAGCCUCUGAAUCCAUCAGAUCCAGCCACCAGCUACGCCAUGCACCUCGACCGCCCACCUGCUUUCGUGCAGGACAACCUCCACAGGAUCCACGUUCUGGUCCUCAACACCGGCCACCACUGGAACCGGGGCAAGCUAAGGGCAAACAAGUGGGAGAUGUACGUCGGCGGAUCCCCGAACCACAACAAGAACAUCGCCGCCAUCUGGAAGGCCAAGAACUUCACCAUCCACAGCGUCAUCAAGUGGCUGGACGCGCAGCUCCCCCGCCACCCCCACCUGAAGGCCUUCUACCGAUCCAUAUCGCCCCGGCAUUUCUUCAACGGGGACUGGGACACCGGCGGCAGCUGUGACAGCACGAGCCCUCUGGCCAAGGGCAGCGGGAUCUCCCAGAACCGCUCCGAGGAUGCCGACGCCGAGGGCGCGGUGAUGGGGACCAGGGUCAGGCUGCUGGAUGUCACCGCUCUGUCGCGCCUGAGGGACGAAGGGCACAUAUCACGGUACAGCAUCAAGGCCACACAGGGGAUCCAGGACUGCCUGCACUGGUGCCUCCCCGGCGUGCCGGACACGUGGAACGAGAUCCUCGCGGCCCAGUUGUUAUAG